GUGGGAUCACUCGCGUUAGGAAGGAGGCACGGGUGGAACUGCCACAUAUGAAAAUGUUGUCUGCAAAGAGGUUGUUGAGCAACGUGGUCCCAGCAUGUCCACUGCUUUCGAUUAAGCCGAAGCGAGGACUUGUAGACGAGAAGCUUGAGAUCGUCGUGAGGUAUUUAAGACCAAAACAUGACGUAACACUUCACUCUGUGCAUCAGUCAGAGGAUAAAGAUUUUUGGGAAGCCUUCGGACAUUAUGUCAGCGACGACAACGGCACCGUGACCGUGGCAAAGGACGCCAGUCUGAGCGGCACCUAUGUAGGUGUGGAGGCCAUGGGACUGAUGUGGAGUCUUCGGCCAGUGCCAGGGAGUCGAGCAGGACUGAGGUUACGGAAGAAAGAUGUCCUGUUGCCACUCGUCUUCCACAUUUCUGUGCAUGAUGGACAUGUUUCGCAGGGUUUUACCCAGCUCACACCAUUAGUGAGCCUCGUCAUAGAGCGAUGGUACAUGGCUCCAGGUGUACAAAGAUUUGAUAUCCAAGAGGGAGAUGUUCGAGGAACUUUGUUCAUACCUCCAGGCCCUGGCCCAUUCCCUGGUGUGCUGGAUAUGUGGGGAGGGGGUGGUGGACUGGUGGAGUAUCGAGCCGCCCUCCUGGCAUCACAUGGCUUUGCUUCGAUGGCGCUGGAGUAUCUGUCUCCAAGCAAUUUAAAAAAAGUACAGGUUAAUGUCAAUUACUUUGAGACAGCAUAUCAGAUCCUGCAGAAUCAUGCCAUGGUGCAGAGGGACAGAUUGGCAUUGCUCGGUCUGUCGUUUGGUAGUUCUGUCACCUUCUUUAUGGCUGCCUACUCCAAAAUCAUUCAGCCCCAAUGUUGUGUCUGUGUCAGUGGUUGUCAUAUUCCAGUCAUCAAAUCAUCUGUGGAAGAAACCUUUGAUGACUUAAACAAAUAUAUUAGUAAAAUUCGGAUAGAGAACAAUCAGCUCAUCUGGAGAGACGUUAUCCUGCCCAUCCCAACAGAUCCCACCUUGAAAGUGGAUGUUGGCCAGAUAACGUGUCCGGUCCUGUUAGUGGUCGGUGGUGAUGAUCAGAACUGGCCCACUCUGGAGUCUGCUGAAGAUAUACAACAGAUAAUGGAAAAGGCAGGAAAUCGUCACCUGCUCCAAGUCCUCAUCUACCCCAGUGCAGGUCACCUAAUUGAGCCGCCAUACUCACCACACCACCGGGCCACAAACUUCAUAGUGCAAGAAGGAAAAAAUAAAGUGGUCCUGCUCUGGGGGGGACAGGCCAAACCACAUGCAGAUGCCCAAGAGGACUCAUGGGAAAAAAUUCUGGCCUUUCUACAGCAACACCUGUAUCAUGCAACUCCACAGGCGAAACUGUAGUGGUGCAGUGUUUGUAUGGAAGAGUAUUUGAAUAUAGAAAAUCUCUCAAAUCAUUUUAGAAGGAGAAAUUAUAGUAUGAUACCUGUGAUUUUUCAGUAUUACUAUUUUUGGAAUACUUCUGCUCUUCUUCUUAGUUUUGUAAAGCCCAAAUUAAAAACUUAAAACUGGUUUAUUCACUACAAAAUAAGAUUUAUACACCAUGGCCUGUAUCAUUACAUGAAUGAAGGUUUGUUUUGGGAAAAUCACUAAUAAUUGCAUUAUAAAUUGUGAUAAUUCACACGCAACUCCUUGUUAAUACCUUGCUAUGUAGAUUAACAUUUUGAAUAAUCUGAAUUCAUAUGUUGGUCUAACAAUGUGAUAAAUUAAAGUAAAGGUUCCAGGAAGUA